AUGGAGACUCGACCACUAUAUGGAGGCGCCAUUAGCUGCGCUGUAGCCAAUUCCUUUCUCGAUGCCAGCCAAGUUCGACAGAUCCCGGAUAAUCAAGAAGUGUUUGUAGACACAGAAACACAACAAAGCCUCAUUAUCGAAUUACUUGAACCUGUUGAAGCAGAAGAUGAGCGCAUUGCAAGACUCCAUUUCGAACAACUAGCAAGAGACAAUGAAGCUGCGGCAACAGAAAUCUUGAAGCUUGAGCGCAUACCCACCGAGACUGCAACACCUCGACUUCCGCCUUCCACAACGAACGUACAUGUACUGCGAGGCAAUCAAAAAGUGGCCAAAUUCGACGAGGCCAAAAAAAUGGCUUUUAAUACUGUGCAAAUUAUGAUGGCAGUCGUUCGACUCCAACAAGUAUCCACGGAUUUGGUUAUUUCAAUCAAUGCACCUGUUUUGAUUGCAUCUGGCAGCAGUGAUCAGCAACAGCAGCAGCAGGAAAGCACGACUGUCCUUGACGUUGAAAAGCAUAUGCAAGAAGUGCUAAGUGAACUAAAAGUGAAUGAUUGGAGUCUUUUUGGAUGA